AUUCAAAUGGAGUUAAUCGACCCGGUUCUAAGCUCUCUUGAGUCUGCACAUUCACUCCUAAAUUUCACUUGGUUCGCUGCUUUCCCAUUCUCCAAGCAAACGCAUACAAAAUCGACAAACUCCAUACUCGGUGACGGUAGCCAUGGAAGGUCAAGAUGGUUCUCAAAAUGAACAUCUCAUUCUCGCUAAUAAGAUCUUUCUUCUAACUCAUCCCGAUGUGCAAGAUAUCGAGAAAGUUCAACUCAAAGAUGACGUUUUAUCCUCCGCCAAAUCUGACUCUAUGGCGUUUCUGUACGAAACCCUAGCAACUAAUGGAGUUUUGGAUUUGGAUCAAUCGGUUUUGGAUUCAAUGCGACAAAGUAUAGACGAUGAACUUAAGAAGCUCGAUGAAAAGAUUGCUGAUGCUGAAGAAAACUUGGGUGAAAGUGAAGUUCGAGAAGCUCAUUUGGCAAAAUCUUUGUUCUUUAUUAAAAUUGGUGAUAAAGAUAAAGCAUUGGAACAACUUAAGCUGACAGAGACCAAAACUGUUGCAGUGGGGCAGAAAAUGGAUCUGGUUUUCUAUACUCUUCAAGUUGGUUUGUUUGACAUGGAUUUUGAUUUGAUUUCCAAAAGCAUAGAUAAAGCUAAAUACUUGUUUGAGGAGGGAGGAGAUUGGGAAAGAAAGAAUCGUUUGAAGGUGUAUGAAGGAUUGUAUUGCAUGGCUACCCGGAAUUUCAAGAAAGCUGCUAGUUUAUUCUUGGACUCCAUAUCAACUUUCACAACCUAUGAGCUGUUUCCUUAUGACACCUUUAUAUUCUACACUGUUCUUACUAGUAUUAUAUCCCUUGAUAGAGUGUCCUUGAAACAAAAGGUAGUGGAUGCUCCAGAGAUACUGACUGUAAUUGGAAAGAUUCCUUACCUUUCUGAGUUCCUGAAUUCUCUUUAUGAGUGUCAGUAUAAGUCAUUUUUCUCUGCAUUUGCUGGCCUAACAGAGCAGAUAAAACUUGACCGCUAUUUGCAUCGGCACUUCCGUUACUACAUGAGGGAGGUCAGGACUGUUGUUUACUCUCAGUUUUUGGAAUCUUACAAGAGUGUUACCAUUGAGGCCAUGGCAAAGGCUUUUGGUGUAACAGUCGAGUUCAUUGACCUGGAGCUUUCUCGUUUUAUUGCCGCGGGGAAGCUGCAUUGCAAGAUUGAUAAGGUGGCAGGUGUUCUGGAGACAAACCGCCCGGAUGCGAAAAAUGCCUUGUAUCAAGCAACUAUAAAGCAAGGAGAUUUUCUACUCAACAGAAUUCAAAAGCUGUCCCGUGUAAUUGAUUUGUAAAACCUUUACUCUUAACAAUUUAUUCGACUUUCUGGAAUUUCUUUUUAAAGUCUUAUAAGCACAUUUUAUUCCCCUUCCGUUUUCACUUGUUUGCGUAAUGUUUUGAGGAAAAAGCUACUGUAGUAGCUAUUUGUAAUAUUGAUUUUACUAAUACUUCGAGAUUAGAAGAAAUUGUGCAUUAGCACUUUAGCAGUAACAAUUAUACUAGCCUUGUUCUUUUACA